AUGAAUUUCAGUUGGAAACUACCCAGCCACAAUCGGCCGACGCCACAUGCCUACGCCAUCCCUACCCAUGACACACCACCACCACCACCAACUAACAUCGUAGUCACAGAGCUAGACGACCCCAUACUAUAUAAUCGUGUAUAUCGUGUUCUUAUCUGCACCACUCACCAUUACGCCCUACGAAAUCUCGCGCGACAUCUGCUGAAUGAGCAUACUCUCCCGCCGAGACGACGAAAGGAGAUUAUCGCCGCGCAUGCUGAUGAUGAUUGUGUGUCGCCCGAGCAAAUCGAGUCGCCCAUCGAGCUGGUUGACCCUAUUAAGGGGUUGGCGGCGCCGGUCACCGUCUAUCAAUGUCAAGCCAGUAUAUGUCGAGUCAUUCAGGGUAAUCAUGAUAAUAUUCGAAAGCACGCCAAUCGAGAACAUGGCUGGCGGAAGUCUCGGGAUCAACCAACAUAUUGGAACAUCGUUCAAGCCCAGACCUUCUUUACCAGUCGUAAUCUCAUCAAGUACUUUGUGGUUCGAACCGAUCACGGCGAGACUCAUCACCUCGAUGCUAAUCAGUCCACUUUGAAUGUCGAUCACUCGGUUCCCCGUCUAGCACUACAGAGAACACCAUCCCAUCUCCAUAAAGAAGAAGUGGAGCGCAUCAAACUCGAGUGGUCAGCCGCUCGUGCACGGUACGAUGAAAAAUUGAAGGUAAUGGAUGAGGAGACCCUGAAACAAGAUCGGACUGGAUGGUACAAGCACACCGAAUGGCCCGAGCACUUGGCGAAGCGGAGCUUGCGAUUCUUGGCCCAUGCCAGCCGACUCCCAGAUCGAGAUGAAGUUGUGCUGCACGAGGCUGUACGAGUACUGGAUCUUGUACUGCAAUGUGCGGUGGUGGGUCUCUCAACAUUGGAGCAGGAGCUUCGACGGUGGCUUCGUAGCGCCAAACAGGGCGAACCUGAUGUCCGACCAUUCUCUCGACUACAAGAACCGAACAGCCAAGACCGAUAUCACGGCUAUAUGCGACGCUUUCUGUGUCUCGUCUUACGGGUAUGGCUAUCUUCACAGGACCCCCAGCAGCUUGACCAACCGAAUUCGAGUUCAUCACCGGAGUCUCGACCAGACCCAAUCAUCGAAACCCAUGAGACGCUGUCGGAAUCGGUGGAUGAUAGCGAGGAUGACAAGGAGGAGGAUGAUGAUCAAGGGAUAGCCUUAAGUAGCGAAAGUGAGGAUGAGAGCGAGACCGUCGAUCGAGAGAAGUCUAUCGACCCAAUGAAGGAUGCUCGUGAGUUGUUUCCGUGGCAGGGUGAGCAGUGGACACUAGUAUCACAACUCUAUGAUCAGCUCACAUCAUCGGAGACGACAUCAAAUGUCGACCUCGAAGAGAUCUCCCCGGCAGACAAGGCUUCAAUGCAAGCGAUGUUGAGGGUCUUUCAGAGUUUCAUUUUUCAGAAGGUCGGUGGCCAGCAGUUCAAGAGCGGGUUAAUUCAUUUUUUGGCCGUGCUGGGCAUCGACGAGGACAACAAUCGACUGCGACGAGCGUCCGACUUCUCAUACGUGUUGGCUGGGGUGGUGUACUGUGUUCGGCUACUCGGAGUGGAGAUCUUACUCCCGUCACAACAUCGCGAUGAACAAGAGGAUAACGACGACGUCCGUGAGCGCUUUCUCGAGCAGCGCCGACAAUAUCUGGCUGAUGGCAGUGGCACCCCAAUGAGUAAAAUGCUCAGUUUACUGGCAUACAGUAAACAUAUCGCGAUGGACACAGGCAAUGCCGGCAGUGUGUCAUGGUCUCGGGACAAAAAGACACUCUACUUUCGCGGACGAGCCAUUGAGAUCGCGCUGUUCCGGAAGAUGAUUGUCGAUGCCAUCGGACGGGCUGAGGACAUGCUAUGGCGGGACCUGAUGUGGGUGGAGGAUGUACAGGACCGAUUCGAGGUGGAUUUACACUCUCUCGUGGACGAUGUGACCUUUACUCGGCGGGGGAUUUCAUUCAUCAACAAGAGCAGCAACGGUCUCAGUCACGGCUUAGACUGGAUGCUCGAGCGAAUGCUGUCUCAGCCACCGACGCAACGGCUCCGUACCCAGGGCCACUGGCGAGCUCGUCGGAUCCGGCGCUAUCUCCGUCGUGUGGAUGACUUCUUGCGACUACUACUGUUUUGUGUGCACACCACGUCCGGUCAGCCCGCGCGCGGCACGGAGAUCACGAGUAUUCGCUUUCAGAAUGGCUGCCUGCAGGACCGAAAUGUGUUUGUGAUUGACGGCCAGGUGGUGAUUGUGACGCGCUACCACAAAUCCCAGUCUCAAUAUGAUCGCCCUAAGGUCGUGCCGCGCUUUACCCCAUGGCGGGUCGGACAGAUGACCGUCAUCUAUCUCGCGUUCGCACGACGGCUUCGAGAGCAUCUACUGGUACAGGUUGAAGGUCAGGGCUGGAGUGAUCACAUCUGGUGCCACGACAAAGGGAUUUGGGACACGGACCGCAUGACCAGGAUUAUCCGGCAGGAGACGGCGAUGGGGAUUGGUCACGGCUACACCACGUUGGACUAUCGUCACAUUGCCGUCAGUAUCGGGCGUGUCACGGUGGGAGAAUCAUUCGCGUCGGGCUACAAGGAGGAGAUCGGCGAAGUCGAGGAACCGGAGGUCGACGAGGAGAGCGGGUUGGAUCUGCAGAGUGGCCGUGGCGAGAAGCAAGGGUCAUUGAAGUAUGGUGUGCCGGUGGACAUUAUUGCGUAUCUGUCCGUGCGGUCUCUCGAAACCUUCCGCCCUCUCAGCGAGGGUUGGCACCAGUUUCUCGGGCUCAAGAGUACUGCCGUGACCGAAUUGCGUCCCGCGAAUCUGGCCACGAAGACCAGCAAGCGCGCUCGGACCUUGACCAGCGCGAACGAGAACCCACCGGCUCUCUGGCGACCACCAUUCGCCUCUACUUCUUCUUUGGUGUGCCAUCAGCCGAGCUCCGCCGAGUCUCCCGGUCACGAGGGUACCGUGAGACUGGCCCACGCCACCGGGAUAGCCACCGUCCGCCACGAGGAACGCGAGGCCCAGGUGGCCCAGGCCAUGCGGCGGCUUUUUGGAGGAGAUGCGACGGGUCAUGCCCAACCAUUUCGAUCACGAGAGCAAGAGGAAGGGGUCGAGGCGGUACUCCGGCAGGAGAGUCCCGUGGUCGUGGUGUUGCCCACCGGUGGUGGUAAGACGGUGCUGGCGAUGGUGCCGGCGUUGUUGGACGCCGAGGGAGUCACGGUUCUCGUGGCGCCCUUUCGUGCCUUGGUCGAUGACAUGGUUCGGCGAUUCCGACAGGCCGGGAUCGACUGCCGUGAAUGGCGGUUUGGAGAAGUCAACCCGGCGACCGUGGUCGUGGUUAGCGCGGACAUCGCGGCGAGCUAUGGGUUUUUGAGUUACGCGCGAGAGCUUCAACGACAGGGUUUUCUCCGUCGUAUCUUCAUCGACGAGUGCCAUCUGACCUUCACGUCGAGCGACUGGCGGCCCAAGCUCUGGCAGCUUCGACAGCUCCGCACACUUUCAUGCCCGAUGAUACUCCUCACCGCGACCCUCCCACCGCUACUGGUGUUCGAGCUCGAGGAGGUUAUGCUGGUCCGCAAUGCUCGACUCAUCCGUGGGUCGACCAUCCGAGCGCAGCAUCGCUAUCAAGUUCAGACUUGCCGGCCCGGGGCACUUUUGGCCGAAGCGGUCCGACUGUGUCUUCGGCGCAAGCCCCAUCUUCGGCGCCAGAAAGGGGUGGUCUACUGCUUAGCCCGAGAGGACUGUCGAGGCCUCGCGGAGGA